CGCUGUCCAAUCACAAUGCAGCACAGCACAGUAGUACUUCCGGUUUGAGCUGCGCCUAUGACGCAAACAUUAAACUCUUGCAUGCUGAGUGGACGUGGCCCUGUGGACCUAAUACUAAUCACCCAUGCACCGCUGCCUGACCUUGACUUUUGCCCAGCACAGCAAACUCAUCUUGAGGAGUAAAUUGGCAUCUGUCCGGUGCCAGCCAACAGCAGCUAUGUCAAGUCUUCUAAUCAACCAGCCCAAGUACUCCUGGCUGAAAGAGCUGGGUCUGUCUGAGGACAACCCCGGUGUUUACAACGGAAGCUGGGGAGGCAGCGGAGAAGUCAUUACAUCUUAUUGUCCUGCCAACAAUGAGCCGAUUGCCAGAGUUACCCAGGCUACUUUGGCAGAGUACGAAGAGACUGUCCAGAAGACCAGGGAGGCCUGGAAGACAUGGGCAGAUAUUCCAGCGCCGAAAAGAGGGGAGAUAGUCAGGCAGAUUGGAGAUGCACUUAGAAAGAAGAUCAAAGUUCUUGGUAGCCUGGUGUCUCUAGAAAUGGGCAAAAUCUAUGUUGAGGGGGUGGGGGAAGUUCAGGAGUAUGUUGAUGUCUGUGAUUAUGCUGUUGGUCUGUCUAGAAUGAUUGGCGGACCUGUCCUGCCUUCAGAAAGACCAGGCCAUGCUCUGAUUGAACAGUGGAACCCAGUUGGUCUCGUAGGCAUUAUUACUGCCUUCAAUUUUCCUGUAGCUGUGUAUGGCUGGAACAAUGCCAUUGCUCUGACCUGCGGUAAUGUUUGCCUCUGGAAAGGAGCUCCAACCACACCCCUCACAAGUGUUGCAGUUACAAAGAUCGUGGCUGAGGUACUGGAGCAGAACAACUUGCCUGGUGCUAUCUGUUCUAUGACCUGCGGAGGUGCCGAUAUUGGCACAGCCAUGGCGAAGGAUGAGCGUGUGGACCUUUUGUCCUUCACCGGGAGUACCCAUGUUGGCAAGUUGGUGGCCAUGAUGGUCCAGGAAAGGUUUGGUCGCAAGCUGCUGGAGCUUGGCGGAAACAAUGCUAUUAUUGUGUUUGAGGAUGCUGACCUCAAUCUUGUGGUGCCCUCUGCAGUCUUUGCUUCUGUGGGCACUGCUGGCCAGCGCUGCACAACAACCAGGAGGCUCAUGCUGCACGAGACUGUUCAUGACACAGUGGUUGAGAGGCUUGUCAAAGCCUACAAACAAGUUCGCAUCGGUGACCCCUGGGACCCCAGCACCCUGUAUGGGCCUCUCCACACCAAACAAGCUGUGGAUCAGUAUCUGGCAGCCAUUGAACAGGCCAAGCAGCAGGGUGGUACUGUGGUCUGUGGAGGAAAGGUGAUGGACCGUCCUGGAAACUACGUAGAGCCCACCAUAAUCACAGGGCUGGGUCACGAUGCUCCUAUUGUCCAAACAGAAACCUUCGUCCCCAUUCUGUAUGUUCUCAAAUUCAAGACAGAAGAGGAGGCCUUUGCCUGGAACAACGAGGUCAAACAAGGCUUAUCCAGCAGCAUCUUCACAAAAGAUAUGGGCCGUGUUUUCCGCUGGCUCGGACCCAAAGGUUCCGACUGCGGCAUCGUGAAUGUCAACAUCCCUACGAGUGGUGCUGAGAUCGGAGGAGCCUUUGGUGGGGAGAAACACACAGGAGGUGGAAGAGAGUCUGGCAGUGAUUCAUGGAAGCAGUACAUGAGGCGUUCGACCUGCACAAUCAACUACAGCAAAGAUCUUCCUCUAGCCCAGGGAAUCAAGUUUGAGUGAAGCCUUCACAUAGAAUCACAUAGAAAGUAAAGCUUUCAGUGACUAACACUAAAUGAUUUUGCAACAGGUUUCUUACAUUCAGAAAGGUCAGUUUGGUUUAAAUAAACUUUGGAUGUGUGUGUUUGGAUGUACAGUAUACAUAUGACAUCUGUGUACUUUAGACUUUAGCCCUAAAUUUGAAAAACUACUUAAAAACUGUUAUGUGUUAAAGGUCAACGGUUUCCUUAGGGUUGUUGUGCACUUUUGUACAAGCACUUAAAAAUGGAUGUUCCUGCAUUAACAAUAAAAAUAAAAUGUAUUUUUGUUGAAUAA